AGACGUCAUCUGAUAGACGUCAACUGCCAAUGUAAACAAAAACAAACCUAAUGUCAAAAUUUUCGAUUUAUUUCAGUGUUUUUUUCAAUUUGCAUUGAUCAUUGAUGAUUUUGUGAAUAAUUGUGAAAAUAAAAAAAAUCUGAAAAUUUUGAAUUCAUAGAUCCUAUAAUCAUGGAUGACGAGAAGGAUAUUAAAAAAAUGAUGAUGAUUCUAGAUAAGAACAAGAAGGAAAAUUUGGAGGAUUUUCAAUAUGAAGAAUUUAUCAAUUGUGAUGAUAGUGAUGUGGAAGAGAUUAAUUAUGCUGAAGAAACAGCCAACGAUGACGAAGACUUCACGUUCCUUGAAACCCUUUCGAUGGAAAUAACAAACCUCUACAAAUACGACCCGAUAUCAUCUCUCAGACCUGAAGAAAUACUUGUCAUCGAUUCCUGUACUGAUCCAAUAUUGAAGAAAAUUCUCCUCCUAAACAGAAAUAAAAACAUGCAACUGAUUCAGUUUUAUAAAAAAAUUAAAGAUCUUCUGAUUGAGUGCAAACAAAACAUAAUUGAAAAAAAUGAAAUCGUGAGAGGGUACAUCGACAUGCAGAAAAAAAACUAUGUCACAUCCGGAACGUGGAAAUUAGGGGCUCCCUAUUUCAAAGACGAAAAGUUAUAUUGUAGCCCUCCGAAUAGAGAUACUAAAAGAAAAAGAGCAAAUGGAGAAUUGACAAUUUAUGAAACGUUUCCACUUUGUAAAUGGACGAAUUUUGAAUGCCAGAGACUUCUAGGAGCUGUUAAGGUCAAUUACAAUAUGUAUCAGCAAACUGAAAUCAAAAACAGGAUAAAGACUAUUUGUUCACAGAACGAUAGUUCAAGUUCACAGCUUCUAAAAGAACUUGAAGAACAAUUGAGGGAACUGAAAGAUAAUGGAAAUUCUACAGUGCCCAGUUUGGAUUCUGAUGAAAAUAUUGACUGGGAUAGGGUAGCUGAAGUAUUUCUGAAAGAUAAACAUACUGCCUUCGAAUGCCGUUCAUUCUGGCGAAUGUUCCUCCACCCAUCCAUCAACAAAAGCCCUUGGACACCUGAGGAGAACAAAAAACUACAAGAAAUCGUGAAGCGCUUCAAAUACCAGAAGUGGGAUGAAAUAGCGAAGGAACUCGGGACGAAUAGAUCAGGUCUGACUGCAUGUAUAAAUUAUUACAGCAGCUUACACACCACAUUCAGAAGGGGCGAGUUCACGUUCGAAGAAGAUAGAAAACUCCUCGAGCUGAUCAGCAGAUAUAGGUUAGGAGCAUACAUACCCUGGGUGAAAAUAGUGAGACAUUUCAAGAAUCGGAACAGGUCACAACUCCACCAUAGGUACACGUACAGUCUCAGCCAAAGUGAUAAGAAGAAAGGUAAAUGGACGCAAGCCGAGGAUAUCGUCUUGAUGAUUUGUGUGGACAAAUUCGGAAUGUGCUAUAAGAAAUGUUCGCAGUAUUUGCCACAGCGGUCUAUUACACAGUGCAAAGCAAGGUACAGCGCCAACCUGAGAAAUUCCCUAAAGAAAGGCACCUGGACGGUCGAGGAAGACCGAGCCAUCGUCGAGCACAUGGCCUCCGACAACCAAUCAUGGUCGACUCUGGUUGAGCAGCUGUCGAGGUGUCGCGGGCAGCUCAGGCAGCGCUAUCAGGUGAUCCAGGCGUUUCUCAACUCGAACCCGGACAAGAAAGUCGAGGAUGUGCCGAAGAGGAAGCACGGCUGGAAGAACGAUACGGAAGAAGAGACAUUUAAGUUCAUGAGAAAAAUCGCAGAUCACUACAAGAAUUUGGCAUGCAUUCCGACAGUUGAAGAGAUCCAGAAGCAAUUAGAUUGCAAUGUGUUCGAUGAAGAAUCUAGCACAACAGGGUCAAAAAUCCAUCAUAAAACUGAUCAAUUUGUAGUGGAUGAAAAAAUUGAUGCUGAAAAAAAUGUUGAUGAUAUGCUGACAGAAGUCUUUUUCAAUUCUCAUGAAAGCAAUGUUGCUAAACAACUUUCCUCUAAAGAAGUUCAAGAGGUUACGGAUAAUAUUACCUUACUACUCGAUUUGCUGCAAGUUAACUUGGAAAUUCCAAAUAAUUUAGACAAUUUUGACCUGGACAGGUUUGACCAAUUGAUCCUCAGAGAGUUGGCAACAAGGCAAAAACUAAAUAGACUCGAAUCUUAUGGAGCGAGAGGUCGCUGUAUAAAUAAUUUGGUUCCACCUAACAUCAGCAAUUCAUUUGGUUUGCGAACAUUAUUGAAUAGAUAUUUGCACUUCAAGUCGAUGGAUCAGAGGAUCCUGGGUAAGUUGGAAAUGUCGAAGACCACAGUAAGCAGAAUCGAUUUCCAAAUAUAUAAUGAAUUGUCACAACUACCCGCAGCAAAACAAACCAGAAUAUUAGAAGACAGAUGGCUCUUUUUGCAGCGAUUCCUCUCGCUGUUCAAAUGGCCGGCUAUGCUCACCCUAGAGGGGCCUACCGCAGAUUUGAGAAGCGUAACAGAGUCCAUCGAGACGGAUAUUCGCCCACUCGUCAAGAGGACGUACAGCAGAAAGAACAAACCGGCAGAAAGUAGCACACCUGAGUCUACAGAGUUGAGUAUACAUCCACUCGUCGAGAAAUCAUACAGUAGAAAAACCAAACCAGAAGCAGAUGUCAAGGCAGUACCUGAUAAUAAAAAGGCAAAAUUGGCGGCGCCUAUAAUGAUACCAAUUAAAUUGACCCCGGUUACAAACAAAAGUGUCCUAGAGAAUCUCAUGAAGGACAAAAACAAAAAAUUAUUUCAGCUCACUAAAGUUAAAUGCGGUAAAAACGUCAAGACAAUCCAAACAGAGAUCAAGCUGUACCCUAGUAAAAAGGUCAACCCAAAAACAGUUCCAGAUAUAGAACCAGUUUUGAACAACCCUACAGCUUCUUGUAGCUAUAGUAAAAAUAGUGAAACGUGCUCGAGUUAUAGUGAAAACUUUUCUGAAAAUAAUGAAAAUGGAGAAGAUGUGAGUGAAUCUGAUUGUCUGCCUGAUGACGCUAGUGAUCUAAGCAAGUUGGAAUCUUUCCUACAAAUGCAAAAGAGCACAGUUGAUGAUGAUUCCGACAAUGAAGGUGAGAGUUCUUCAAUGUAAAUUCAUUUGUUUCAAGGGGUUGUAGAAACGUUUUCAAAACGGUUUGAAAUCAAAGAUUUUCUUGAUGAAACUGUGAAGUCAACGAAUACAGUUUAUUCUGGUUCAAAUGCUUCUGCAAAACGGUUUGAAAUAAAGUUCUGAAGAGUUGAUUAUUUGUCCACAUCUCAAAAGAUGAUACACAAAAUUAACAAUGAAGAAUGAAUGUUGUAUAAAGCCCCCUAAAUCUGAUGAAGUUAAUAUUGGAACCUAUGAUAUUGUCUUUAGCAUAGACAAGGAAGUAGCACAAACAUAAGUUUCUCGUUCACAUGUCUGGAACACCUAUCAGACAAAACAGUUUGUUUUUUUACCAGAAUAGAUGGAAAUAUCUUUGUCCAAAUACUUUUCCAGCGGUCCUUUUGCAGUUCUCAGUCUUUGGGUGGUGGAAAUUAUAAAAUAUAUAUUUACGUAACUUGUUAGGAAACGUGUAACGAAGGAUUGUGGGGGACGAGCGAAGCGAUAUCCCACAAAACACAGAGUUAUAGUUGAAGAGCCGGUUGCAUAUUUCAACCUUCAUCUGAUAACGAAAUUGUAUAUAAUAUACUGUCUGUAGUUUAAUCGAGGAGGUGGUACAUUCAUUAUUCCAAAUUUUUUGGGAUUUUCGCCUCGUUUCUAAAAAAUAAAAAUAUGAAUAUUAUUUCAAUAUACGUGUUGUAAGGACAAAUCAGAUGACUUGCCCCGAAAUGUCACUGUGUUUAAAGAAUUCUCCUAUCAGGGAGCCUAAAAGAAAAAUUCACUAGGUUGCCAGGAACAAUUUGUAUUGAAAAAAGUUUGGAGAAGAG